AUGGCCCCCGUCUUCAAGAUCAUCCCCACUACGCAGCAAUACGACUGGGGCAAGAUUGGCCGGGAUUCCAAGGUUGCGCAGCUUGCACCGUCAGAUGUCUCAAUAGAUGAGGAUGCGCCGUACGCGGAGUUAUGGAUGGGCACACAUGUUAAAUCACCAUCUACAGUCCAAGCUACCUCGCAACCACUCUCCGAAGCCCUGGCUGCCCACCCAGAAUUGCUUGGGGAGUCGGUUACUGAGAAGUUUCGAGGCGCCUACGGAACCGACAAGGGGAAUCUGCCCUUUCUCUUCAAAGUUCUUUCGAUCCACAAAGCGCUCAGCAUCCAGACACACCCAGACGAACCCACAGCCAAGGAGCUCCAUCGCACGCAGGGAGACAUCUACAAAGAUCCUAAUCAUAAACCAGAGAUGGCUUUGGCCCUCACUCCGUUCUUAGCUUUGUGUGGCUUCAUGCCUCUCCCUAAUAUCGCAUCGAAUAUUACCUCCACACCAGAGGUAGCAGCGCUAAUCCCACCCUCGACCCUGUCUGCGUUCCAAGCCAUCGCCUCCUCGUCGACCCCCAGCGAACCUACAGAGAAGCAGGCUUUGAAGGACGUGUUUUCCGCCGUGAUGACUGCCAGCGACUCCGUCGUCCAAGACCAACUCGGGAAGCUCAUCGCCCGAUACGAAGCACAGGACCUCAACGCUGGGGAGAAGGCAGAGGUAGUUGACCUCGUCCUACGAUUAAACACUCAGUUCCCCGGCGAUAUUGGCAUCUUCUGCGCCUUCCUGUUGAAUCAGAUCAAACUCCAAUCCGGAGAGGCUAUUUUCCUCGGCGCAGGCGAGCCCCAUGCAUACGUCGAAGGAGACAUCAUGGAGUGCAUGGCCAAUUCGGACAACGUCAUCCGCGCGGGCCUGACGCCUAAGCUUCGAGACAUACCGAAUCUCGUCGCAGGGCUCACAUACACCGCCGCGCCGCCUGAAAAGCACCUUGUCAGGCCCAUGCCGUUCGGGGGUUCCUCUAUAAGUAGUACGCAGUAUGACCCCCCGAUUCCGGAGUUCUCGGUCGUUCAGCUAGCCUUGGGCGGCGGGAAGUCGGAGAGUCAUCGGGCGGUCGGCGGUCCGAGUAUUGCUAUUACCACCAAGGGAAUCGGGGGCGUGAAGUGGGACGGAGGGAGCGAGGAUGUCAAAGUCGGCGAUGUGUUCUUCAUCGGUACCGGAACCGAAGUCAUGUUUGAUGCAAUCGACGACUUGGUCAUGUACAGAGCGUUCACUGAGUAG